CUGAGGAUGCCAGUAAUCCUGCCCAAUGUAGAUAGAUAGAUAGAUAAAGUGAUUUGUUGAUGUGCUCAUCAACAAUCAAUGUGUUGUACUGCAUCAGGAGGAGGAUUUCAUGUCAUGUGUCCUAGCCUCAUCUCACGUUAGCUCACUAACUUAGUUAGCAAAACGUGCUACGAUGUAGCGGAACGCAGGGCUGUUUUUUUAAGCUAUCAUGGCGAAUUUAGGAAUUCCACUAGUGUUGGUCAAUUGCCUGGCCGUGUACAGAAGCUGUGAAGCUCUUCUGUGUAACUGUACCACUGCGCAAUGUGAGAGAAGGGGCUUUUGGUGUGAGACGGACGGAGCUUGCAUGGCCUCCAUGUCCCUCAUCGAUGGUCAAGAGCAGCACGUUCGUACUUGCAUCACCAGAGACCAACUUGAACCUCCUGGACACCCCUUCUACUGUCUCAGUGCGGAGGGCCUUGUCAACAUCCACUGCUGCUACACUGACUACUGCAACAGCAUCGACCUCAAAUUGCCAUCUGUGACCACCCAGUCAGGCCCCAAAGAAGGUUUAUGGCCAGGUGGGACGUGGGGAUUGGUGGAAGUGGUCGCUGUGAUAGCAGGGCCGCUGCUCCUGCUUUGUCUGCUGCUGCUGGUGGGUGUGUUCGUGUGUCAGCAUCAGCGGAGGGCCUGCAGCCACAGACAGAGGCUAGAGGUGGAAGACCCCUCCUGCGACCACCUUUACAUGCCGAACGACAGGAGCCUGCAGGACUUCAUUUACGAUCUGUCAACAUCUGGUUCUGGCUCAGGCCUGCCUCUGUUUGUCCAAAGGACCGUAGCCAGAACAAUUGUUCUCCAAGAAGUCAUCGGAAAGGGGCGCUUUGGAGAGGUGUGGCGAGGACGUUGGCGGGGGGGUGACGUGGCGGUGAAAAUCUUCUCCUCCAGAGAAGAGCGCUCCUGGUUCCGUGAGGCUGAAAUCUAUCAGACCAUCAUGAUACGCCACGAGAAUAUCCUGGGCUUCAUAGCAGCUGACAACAAAGACAAUGGAACAUGGACGCAGCUGUGGUUGGUGUCAGACCACCAUGAGUACGGCUCCCUGUUUGACUACCUGAACCGCUUCUCUGUCACAGCUGAAGGGAUGAUCAAACUGGCCGUGACCGCUGCCAGCGGCCUGGCACAUCUGCAUAUGGAGAUACUCGGAACGCAAGGAAAACCGGGCAUCGCCCACCGAGACCUAAAGUCCAAGAACAUCCUUGUGAAGAAGAACUGCACCUGUGCCAUUGCUGAUCUGGGUUUAGCUGUCCGUCACGACUCCGUCACAGACACCAUCGACAUCGCUCCGAACCAAAGAGUAGGAACCAAGAGAUACAUGGCUCCAGAGGUCCUGGACGACACAAUCAACAUGAGGCACUUUGACUCAUUCAAAUGUGCUGAUAUCUACGCUUUGGGGCUGGUCUACUGGGAGAUUGCGCGCCGCUGUAACAGUGGAGGUCUUACAGGAUGUCUUUUCUCUCAGGUUAUUCAACCUCUGUACUCACAGCGCUGUUCUUACCUCAACUGUUGUCCUGUGCUAACAGGUAUCCUUGAAGAAUAUCAGCUGCCCUACUACGACCUGGUGCCCUCUGACCCUUCACUGGAAGACAUGAAAAAGGUGGUGUGUGACCAAAAGACACGGCCCAACAUAUCAAACUGGUGGCAGAGCCAUGAGGCUUUGCGAGUUAUGGGCAAAAUAAUGAGGGAGUGUUGGUAUACCAAUGGCGCUGCCCGCUUGACUGCCCUGCGCGUCAAAAAGAGCUUGGCCCAUCUUAGUGUCAAAGAAGACAUUAAAGUCUGAUCUUAUAGCACCCAAAUGCGAGGAAAGAGCUCUAUGGAAGUUUCACCUCCUGAAGUUAGCCUUCCUAAGAUGCACAAAGAAUAUGUGACACUCUCUUAACAAUGACUGUAUAAACAGUAGCUUUGCAAACUUUUCAAGGCACUUGAUUCCUGACAAACCCUACCUCACCUACCCAGAACCUGCCUGGUUCCGCAUCUCCACACCACUACAUGUAUCCCGGGACUUGGCCUGCUCUCGAAAGCAGUCAAUGACAGUGAAUGUAUUACAAUUUUAAAAAAAUUCUGUUUUCAAGGAGUCAUAACAGAAGGUGAUAGGUGGUUUCACAGUGUUGCUCAGAGGCAAAAAACUCAUCUGGUUCCACUACACCGGUGAUGUGUAAAUGCAACCUGAAAAGGAUUGGCUUGAUAAGGAUGGACUGUUGUAGUGUAUACACUGCCCACAGCAUCACACAACAUGACGACAUUUAAAAAAAAUAGCCCACGGGCCACAAGUUCCCCACCCUUGGUACAGUGUAGUUGAUCAGUGUUUUUUUUUUUUUUUUGUGAGCCUAUUUAUGUGGAAUGCUACUUUCAAGACUCAAAUUCUCAGAAACGUGUUUUUGUUUCAGGGAACAGAUGCACUUUUGUCUUUUGCUGUACUAAUGUUUUCUGUUAUUUAUAUUUGUCUACUAUGGAACAACCCCAAAGGCCUCAUGUGCAUUACUACUGACCUCGUGCAUGGCUCACAAUCAUCUGUAACCAAUGUUUAUUUGAAACCUUGUGCAUCCCUAACGUUGUAUGUAUGUUGAAGGUCCUUAGCCAUAAAAUUGAAAGAGUCUUAAGUGUCAUAAGUCAUACAUGAGUAUUUCUUUACUUUCAACUCCUCAAAAUUUUCAGCAGCUUUAUACCCAUCCAUCGAUAUAGUUUUUAAUAAUUUGUUUGAUCUUUGAUGCCCUUUUUCUCAAAUAAAAUCAGUAUUGUGUUAUGAGAAAAACUAUGCAAUAUUUU